CAAAUAAGUUAAUUACUCGCCAUAAGUCAUAACCUUGUGUAUUCCCUCCCGUUGGUCCACCACAUAACGACGGGUCGAUGCGUCACAACGACGAGCUGAUUCCGCCGGAACUUCCAUCUCCACCUCCAAUUUGAACUGUCAAUUUCGCUAGAUAAAAGCAACCCAUUCUGACAUGUUUCCCUUCUGCAAUGCCCACUUCAUCUCUACCUUUUAAAGCUGUCACUCUUCGUACAAACAAGAAGCUCAAUAAUUCAUGCUUAGUACAAAAGAUUCUCAAUCUUUCUUCGCAAGGCUAUCUUAAACAAGCCUUCAAUUACCUUAACAUCCUAACCCGUAAAGGCAUUCGCUUAGACAGUAAAACUUUAGCUUCUAUCAUUCAACAAUGUGCCAAUUCCAGGUCACGUGAAGAAGGAAAAUGGAUACAUUUGCAUCUCAAGACUACUGGGUGGAAACACCCCACAACAUUUCUAGCCAAUCAUUUGAUUAAUAUGUAUGGUAAAUGUGGUGAUCAUAUUGAAGCACGUAAGGUGUUCGAUAAAAUGACUACGAGAAAUUUGUAUUCCUGGAAUAAUAUGCUCUCUGGGUAUACUAAGUUAGGCAUGAUUAAGGCUGCUAAAAGGCUGUUUGACAAAAUGCACGCGAAAGACAUCGUUUCUUGGAAUACUAUGGUGAUUGGAUACGCUCAGAUUGGCUACUUCAACGAGGCUCUCAAGAUGUAUAGAGAAUUUAGGAGGUUAAGUAUUGGGUUCAAUGAGUAUAGCUUUGCUGGGGUUAUCACUGCUUGUGUUAAGUCCAGGGAUUUUUCUCUCACAGGGCAGGUUCAUUGCCAAGUAUUCGUCGUCGGGUUUUUAUCCAAUAUAGUUCUUUCUAGUUCAAUUGUUGAUGCUUAUGCAAAAUGUGGGAAGAUGAGCGAUGCUAGGAGGUUGUUUGAUGCAAUGCGAGUAAGAGAUGUUCUUGCCUGGACCACUUUGGUUUCAGGCUAUUCAAGGUGUGGCGAUAUGGUGUCAGCAAGGGAGCUUUUUGAAGCAAUGCCUGAGAAGAAUCCUGUUUCUUGGACAGCUUUGGUUGCUGGUUAUUCCCACAGUGGCAUGAGCAUUCAGGCCCUUGAUUUAUUUGCAAAGAUGAUGAAGCUUCAGGUCCAACCUGAUCAGUUUACAUUUAGUAGUUGCCUAUCUGCUUGUGCUUGUAUAGCAUCACUCAAGCACGGUAAGCAAAUACAUGCAUUUCUGGUGAAUGCUGGUUUUAGACCUAAUUCAAUUGUUGUGAGUUCUCUCAUUGAUAUGUAUUCCAAAUGUGGAAGUUUGGAAGUUGCAAUGAGGGUAUUUGACAUGGCAUAUAACAAGCAUGAUGCAGUAUUAUGGAGUACUAUGUUGUCUGCAUUAGCACAACAUGGCAUGGGUGAAGAGGCAAUUGAAAUGUUUUUUAAGAUGGUGAAGUUUGGAGUGAAACCGAACCGUGUCACUUUUGUUGUCCUUCUCAAUGCUUGUAGUCAUUCAGGGCUAGUGCAAGAAGGGCUUUCCUUUUUCGAGACAAUGACCUCUAAUUAUGAUGUUCUUCCCGAUCAAGAACACUAUGCAUGUAUAAUUGACCUCUUGGGUAGGGCAGGACGUUUUAGUGAAGUGCUAGCUCUGAUAAAGAAGAUGCCUUGUGAACCUGAUGAUCAUAUUUGGAAUGCCUUACUUGGUGUUUGUAGGAUACAUGGAAAUGUGGAGUUGGGUAGAAUGGCUGCAGAACUGCUAAUAGAGCUGGAUCCACAGUCUCCUGCCGCAUAUUUGCUGUUGUCAAGUAUUUAUGGUGUACUUGGGAUGUGGGAAAAUGUAGAGAAAGUGAGACAUCUUAUGAAGGAGAGACAUGUUAGGAAAGAACAGGCUGUUAGUUGGUUAGAGAUUGAACAUAAAUUGCUUCCCUAUUUUGGGUGCAAUAAGUUGAAUACUUUAGAGAAAGAUGGACACACUAUUUUGCAACUGCUAGCUGAUCAGACAAAUGAUGAUGAUCUAUUACAUGAUAGUAAAAGCUCGUCCCCUUCCAACCCUGUUAGCUAAGUGACCACAUCAUAAUAUUUUCUGGUCCUGCAUCUUUCUCUUCCUCCUGCUGCAUUGAGCCAGACUGAUUUUUCAUCCAAAUUUUGUCGAUACAUUCAUACAUGAUGGGGGUGAUGCUACAGGUAGCAACCUUUGCUGAAGUACAAGGGCCACCCUUUCAACUGGAGCAUACCAGAAAAUAAGCCCCUUGUUUGCUCUUUUGGCUGUCAUUGGCUUCACAAUUAUCACCUGUGAUUUGUUUAGUGACUUAAAUGACUGGUUGAAGUUAGUUCCUAUGCCAAGGGCGUCAACAGAUAACAGAUUCAUCAGGAAUAAAAUCCAUACGGCGUUCUCUUUCUUCCUCUUGUAGCUUAAGAGAAAUGCCUCUAUUCAAAAGUCAAAAUUACCCAAACAGUGGCUAUAGGGACUAUUGACUUACUUGCUUCAAUGGGUAUGAGUGAACUACCUGGUGUUGUACUCAAGGAAGAGCAGACAGUGGCUAUAGCUGCACCUUUUGGUGGAUUUGGCGACGGCCGUGGUGGAUUCGGCGACGGUACUGAGAUGGAUUUGUUCAUGUUUUUUACUUAAAUGUUCGUUUUUGUUGUUAUGAGAAGUGAUUUUUACUAAAUUGUAGCUUGAUUUUUAUCUGAUUAUGGGUUUAAAUUUGGGGGGGGGGGGGGAAGAAAAAAGAAAAAAAUGCCACAUGUCUUUAUUUAAUUCGCUGAUUUUAACACGUCAGGCGAGUGCAUUACACACACUUAAUAUAUUUUGGUGAUUGUCAAAAAAGUGUCAAAAUGACACAUCGGAGCCUUACUUGAGGUGU